AUGCCACGCUCCUUGCUGUCAUCUGCAUCUUUCUCCCUCCCUGCUCCAUCCUCAACCAUCUCCACUACCGCUGCUGUACUUACUCCCGUCUCCCUCUUUGUCGUCUCUGAAUCGUUUGCUGCUCUUUUCCUUUCACCAAACACACCCUCGUUGCCUAACCUUUUCACCCUCCCAUCCUCGUCCUCGUCCUCGUCUACAAUCCUGUUCUUCCUCUUCAUCCCCUUCCUCCACCAUCAACCUCGCUUUCGCAUCCUCAUAGACUGCAUCUCGCUCUUUCAAUUCAUCUUUCUCCGUUCGUAUCAGCAUCAUCGUCUACAUCAUCCCACCGUCUACGCAAAACUCGCCCGUUAA